ACUUAGGACAAAUCAACGGCGUAAAGGAAGAUACAAAGGAAGCGAAGAAACAAAAACAAAAGGGUAAAAACACAAUUUUCUCUUUCUUAGAACCAGAGAUAGAGAUCGAGUCGUGGGAUUUGAUAGAGAUUCAGGGGCAAUGAGCGAGAAGCAGAGAAAUCCGAGACCCACAAAACCAACAAGCUCAGUUCUUCCUUACCAAACGCCAAGACUCAGAGACCACUAUUUGCUGGGUAAGAAGCUAGGCCAAGGUCAGUUUGGGACGACAUAUCUUUGUACCCACAAGACGACCAAUGCCCAAUUCGCCUGCAAAUCGAUUCCAAAGCGGAAGCUUCUCUGCAAGGAGGACUAUGAGGACGUUUGGAGAGAGAUCCAGAUCAUGCACCAUCUCUCUGAGCACCCUAACGUGGUGCGGAUCGAGGGAACAUUUGAGGAUUCUGUGUUUGUGCACUUGGUAAUGGAGUUGUGCGCGGGGGGAGAGUUGUUUGAUAGGAUUGUGGCGAAGGGACAUUAUAGUGAGAGAGAGGCUACUAAGUUGAUCAAGACAAUUGUUGGGGUAGUGGAGGCUUGUCACUCUCUUGGGGUUAUGCAUAGAGAUCUCAAGCCUGAGAAUUUCUUGUUUGAUACGCCGGACGACGAUGCCAAGCUUAAGGCCACGGAUUUUGGGCUCUCUGUCUUUUACAAGCCAGGACAACAUUUUUCUGAUGUUGUUGGAAGCCCGUAUUAUGUUGCACCUGAAGUGUUGUGCAAGCAUUAUGGACCUGAAGUAGAUGUAUGGAGUGCUGGUGUUAUCCUAUACAUCUUGCUAAGUGGGGUUCCCCCUUUUUGGGCAGAAACUGAAGCUGGAAUUUUCAAGCAGAUUUUACGAAGCAAACUAGAUUUUGAAUCUGAACCAUGGCCUAGUAUUUCAGAUAGUGCAAAGGAUUUGAUUACAAAGAUGCUUGAGAGGGACCCAAGGAGAAGAAUUUCUGCUCAUGAAGUCUUAUGUCACCCAUGGAUUGUGGAUGAUAGAGUUGCUCCAGACAAACCUCUGGAUUCUGCAGUAUUGUCACGCAUGAAACAGUUCUCGGCGAUGAAUAAACUCAAAAAGAUGGCUUUACGCGUCAUAGCGGAAAGACUCUCCGAAGAAGAAAUUGGUGGUUUGAAAGAGUUAUUUAAAAUGAUUGACACAGACAAUAGUGGGACGAUAAAUUUUGAGGAACUCAAAGAAGGCCUGAGAAAAGUGGGUUCUGAACUUAUGGAACCUGAAAUCAAGGCUCUAAUGGAUGCUGCGGAUAUAGACAACAGUGGAACAAUAGACUAUGGUGAAUUUCUUGCUGCUACUAUGCAUUUGAAUAAGAUGGAGAGAGAGGAAAAUUUAGUUGCAGCCUUCUCUUAUUUUGACAAAGACAGUAGUGGCUAUAUCACCAUCGAUGAACUUCAGCAGGCUUGCAGAGAGUUUGGUCUGGGUGAUGGCCAUUUGGAUGAUAUGAUUAAAGAAAUUGAUCAAGACAAUGAUGGGCGAAUUGAUUACGCGGAGUUCACUGCAAUGAUGAGGAAGGUUGAUGGAGGAGUUGGGAGAAGCAGAACCAUGCGAAACAACUUUAAUCUCGCAGAUGCCUUUGGCAUCAGAGAUUCAUCGUGAGAUACCAGUAAUUUGAAGUUAUCUUUUGUAUACUUGGGAACAUGCAAUCCUUAAGAGAGAAGAUUCAGAAGUCUUGAUUCUUAAAGCUUCAUGAUUCUCAUUCCCAUACGAAGGAUAUGUGCUGGUUUGUCGGGUUUGAUCUAUGUUUCCUUUUUCUAAGUUAUUUGCUAUUUAAGUUCAGAACUGUAAACACAGACAAUCCGCCAUGGUUCAACUGUAGCAUCAAUAACCUUGCCAGAUGCAGCAGCUUUAUUAGAAUUACUACCUUAGUUGUAGAUGCUAACGUUGUGAAUUAUUAAUGUUUGUAACCAACGAUGAAGCCAUGGCAGCAAUGAACUAUAUUGGUCUGUAAACAACUUCCUUUAUCACAUUUCAGCAAUCAAAGACAGGAGAUUAUAUAUUUCUUCUUAUA